AUGGCGAAGGUGAAGAAGUCGUAUGCGGAUCGCGCUGGAGGCUCUAUCAACAGUUUGCGUUUCCUCUUUGACGGACGUCGCAUCAAUGACGAAGACACUCCAAAGACGCUCGAGAUAGAGGAUGACGACGUUAUCGAGGUGUACCAAGAGCAGCAAGGAGGACACUAA